AGCCACCAGUGCCAGGAGCCAAGCUCAUUGGAUACGUCGACGACCUCCAAGUGCAUCUUCCACCGUGUUUGGCUAGAAAUAUUCAGGCCAUCGCCACGGUAACCAACUGGAUCUAAGACCACCUGCUGCAAAAAGGCAUUGAGCUCAGCCUCCCGAAAUCGAAAGUCCUUUUCCCAGAAGGAUUAUUCUUCUUCUCUUUGACAAACGACGAACAGCAAGAUUUGACGAAAACGGGUCUCUCGGUUGCUGAAGGUGGUAUGGCCAUUGUUGGAGUCCCAGUAGGGACAGAGUGCUUCCAGAGGAGUUUCGUCACCAACUUCGCCCGCGGUAACCCUGCUGAGUUGAUACGCCGCCUUUCCACACUUGACGACCCGCAAGCGAGCUACCAACUGCUACGUUUGUCUGGCGUUUCACGCUUGUUUCAUCUGCUGAGAACGAUUGCACCGAGCAUUACCAACACUGCCGCAAGAGAACAUGACAACCUGAUGAUAUGGGCAGUAAGCAAGAUCG